AUGCUGUGUUUAUUUUUGCUCUCGUUAUUGUCCACAUCUACUCAGACACAAUCGCUGUUUCUGAAACAAUCUGGUCAAUACUUAGGUAAACAUUUGACUGAACUCAAUAAAAACCAGAAGACUGAAACGAUUAACCAAAUAAAUUUGAAUUGCGGUAAUGAACAGGCGGAGAAUGUCAAGAAACGUGAUAAAAGUACAAAUGUUGACGCUUUGAAUCCAUAUGACGAUUCUAUCAAAACAACUCAAAAACUUUUCCGAAGUAAGCGAAAUGUCAACACAUUUUAUACUGAAGCAGGCAAAGAUCAUGCAUACACAAUUGAGACGCUGGUCGUCGUAGAUAAAACGACGCGAAAAUUUCAUGGAGUGAAUAAUAUCAAAAAUUAUGUUUUGAUGCUCAUGUCAAUAGCAUCAAAUAUUUUUGCUGAUGUUAGCAUUGGAAACUUGAUAAAUGUAGCUGUUGUUGAUAUCAUAUUGCUCGAAGAUGAUCUGAACGUGAAAUCUCUGUAUUCCGGUAAAUACGCCAAUUAUACGCUUUGGAAUUUCAUUGACCGUAUGAAGAGUAAACAGAAAAACAAACAUGAUGUGGGCUUACUUUUAACUAGAGAGAAUCUGUGCUUAAAUGAAGAGUGCCUUACAUUGGGCUUGACUCAAACGGGAAGUAUGUGCUCGUCAAAUUCUUAUGCAGUUGUUCAAGACAUUGGUUUAUCUUCCGGAUAUCAUAUAGCCCAUGAAAUAGGUCAUCUUUUGGGUGCCUUACAUGACAAUCGCCCUGAAUGUUUACCAUAUCAAAACAAUGACCAGACACAUCUUAUGGCUUCGGCAUUGCAUAUUGGAACAGACAUGUGGUCGUGGUCACCUUGUUCACGGCAUUUUAUAACCGAGUUUUUAGAGCAAGACAAAGCAUUUUGUCUAUUGAAUAAACCGACUGUUGAUAUGCUAGAAUUACACCGGGUCAAUGAAGUAAUACCCAGCCCAAAUGAACAAUGUCAACUAUCUCUGGGAUUGAAUGUCAAAGCGGUUAUGGUGCAUGAUUAUGGCAAAAUUUCAUGUGAUUAUAUGCUGUGCCAAUUGGGUAACGGAUCAUAUCAUACAUACAAUAUGCCCUGGGCUGAUAGAACCGCAUGUGAUGUUGGAAAGUGGUGUAAACAAAGAAAGUGUGUAAAAGAGGCAAAUCUCAAGCACGUCGAUGGCGGAUGGAGUCAAUGGAAAUCAGAUGGACAAUGUAGCCGGUCUUGCGGUGGAGGUAUUCAGUUAUUGAGUCGAAAAUGUGAUAAUCCAUUGCCUGAAAAGGGUGCAAAGUACUGUGCAGGUAUGCACAAAAUGUACGAAUCAUGUAAUACACAAGCUUGUCUGAUUGAAACCUUCGAUUUCCGCGAAAAACAAUGCAACAAUAUGAACAAUUCUACUCAUAGCUGGACAGCGACUCAUGACGUAUAUUCAGGUGAUGAAUGUAAAUUGAUUUGUACAAAUGAGCGUACGAAAGAGAGUUCAAUACUGAAACCAAAGGUGAUUGACGGAACGCCUUGUAAUAAGAAAUCAAAUGAUAAAUGUGUCAAUGGAGUUUGUCGACCGGCUGGAUGUGAUAAUAAGUUGUAUUCUAAAGCAAAAUUGAAUAAAUGCGGUGUUUGCAAUUUGAAUGACGACGUUUGCGAGGACAUUCUCGGCAUAUUUUCAAAAGAAGAAUUGGAUAAAGCGAGGAACUACAGUAAACAUCCCGAUUAUUACCAUGUUGGUAGAAUACCAAAAGGAGCUACAAACAUUGAGAUCCUUCAGCUCGGUCUUCCAGCAGAUGGAAAUUACAUCGCUUUGGCAGGAGAUCGAGGCGAAUACAUUUUGAAUGGUGAUCGAAUCAUCAGUCCCUAUCCUAAAGAUUUGUCGUAUGGUGGAGUCACUUUCGAAUAUACAGGGACCAAUAUGACCAGAGAAAAAGUCAGUACACCAUUCGCUAUGCCUUUGCAACGCGAAUUAAUCAUAGAGAUUUUAUCGACUGAGAAUCACUUUGAAAAUGAAAAUCUGAUAAACUAUCGAUAUUCCAUUAAAACGGAUCACUAUUGGAAAUUAGAGUGGUCACAGUGUGCGAUCGAAUGUAGAAUUCAGAGUCUCCAAUUCAUUUGUAUGCGAAAGUAUCGAAACAAAACGAUUCAAGAGCAAUUAGUCAACGCGAGCUAUUGUCAUAAUAUAAAAAUGUCGUCUGUUGGAUCAAAAACACGAUUGUGUGCAGGCUCGAAGGAAUGCAUCAUUCCUAGAGAUUCAGAAAGCACUGAUAAUGACUUCAGUCCAGGAAUAUUAGCAUUGAUUAUUCUUAUAAGUUUCAUUAUAAUUAUUUCAAUUAUGACUGUAAUUAUCCAUUUUUAUUUCCAACAUUUUAUUCAUUUGUGUCUAAAACAGUUGUAUCAUUAAUAGUAAGUGUUGUAAAUUUAAAUUCGCG